AUGGCGGGCGCUGCAGAAAUUCAGAUAUUUCUUUCCGAGGCUCACAAGGAUGAGGAAAAAGCUAUACGUCACAUGACAAAUUUUGCCCUGAAACAAAUGAUUCAACACACUAGGCCUUUCCUGGUGUCGCUCGGUAAGGCAAAAGCAGCGAAGCUCGUGCGCAAUCUGGUAGACCUGUUUUGUGGUAUGGAAGCUACUGGUAGUCCAGAAGAAGUGAAGAACCUGCAAGACUUAAAGGUGGAAUUUUGCAGGGAAUGCAUUCAGUGGGCUCGUGAACAGAACCGAGUGUUUCUUCGGCAAACUUUAGAAGCGAGGCUGGUAAAAUUAUACAACGAAGUGGAGAAGUUCGAAGAAGCCCUUAACCUUGCAUAUCCGUUUGUGAAAGAACUGAAGAAAAUGGACGAUAAGGAUUUGAUCGUCGAGGUGCAACUUGAGGAAAGCAAGGCUUGCUAUGAACUAGGCAACUUGACCAAGGCCAGGGCGGCUUUGACUUCCGCGAGGACGACGGCGAAUGCCAUCUACGUAAAUCCGGUCAUGCAGGCAGCGCUAGACAUGCAGUCAGGAAUACUUCACGCCGCUGAAGAGAAAGACUUUAAAACGGCUUUCUCGUAUUUCUACGAAGCGUUCGAAGGUUACGACUCGGUUGACCAUGCGGAAGCCUUGAGCGCGUUGAAAUACAUGCUUUUGUGCAAAAUCAUGUUGAACCUCCCCGAUGAUGUGCAGUCGUUGCUUUCAGCGAAAAUUGCGUUGAAAUACGUUGGUCGAGAGGUGGACGCGAUGAAAGCCGUCGCUGAUGCCUCAAAGAAACGGUCACUGGCGGAUUUCAAGGAAGCGUACUGUAAAUACAAGAACGAACUUCAAGCAGACCACGUCAUAAAGGCGCAUUUCCAGACGCUGUAUGACCGGAUGCUCGAGAAAAAUCUAUGCCGAAUUAUAGACCCGUUUUCCAGAAUCCAGAUUUCACACAUCGCUAAGGUCAUAUCUUUACCAGAGAAUCAGGUCGAGAAAAAGCUGUCACAAAUGAUUCUGGACGAAAAAUUGCACGGCAUUCUUGACCAGGGUGAAGGUAUAUUGAUAAUAUUUGAUGACGUGACCGUCGACAAGACGUAUGCUGCAGCUAUUGACACAAUACAUGAACUAAAUCACGUCGUUGACUCCUUAUACCGGAAGGCCAAGAAACUAUCAUAG